GCCUGAAAUAUUUUGUGGAGGAGGUUAAAUAAAUUGUGUGAAUUAAGGAGUGUCCACUUGAGCAGAGACGUUAGAUUGUCAGCGAUCUGUAUUUGGAUUUUCGUUUGUUCACUGCAGGAUUUGUUCACACUGCUGAGAGUUACAUUACUAAGACAUGGAUUCCCAUAUUUCUAAAGAAAAGCUGAGAAGUAAGAUUGUAACAGAUUAUUUCGGAAGAAAAACAUUAAAUCUGUCAAAGUGGGAUUUGCUUGAAUUGCCUGAAGCGGUGCAGGAAUUAACUGAGUUGGACAAACUUGACCUGUCAUGGAAUAAACUUAAAACAAUACCUGAAAAUGUUGGAAAACUAAAUAAUAUUACGGUCCUUGAUGUAAGGGGAAACCAGCUGUCCAUAUUCCCAGCAAGUUUGACACAGCUGAAGAAACUCGAAUGGCUGUACAUCUCACAUAACAAACUAACCACCAUCUCUGAUGCUAUUGGUGAGAUGGUGGAACUGUGGGGACUGGAUCUGAGUUACAACCAGUUGACUGUGUUGAGUCCAGCUAUAAAACAGCUGAAGAAACUCAAAUGGCUGGACAUCUCACAUAACAAACUAACCACCAUCUCUGAUGCUAUUGGUGAGAUGGUGGCACUGGAGGGACUGGAUCUGAGUUACAACCAGUUGACUGUGUUGAGUCCAGCUAUAAAACAGCUGAAGAAACUCAAAGUGCUGAACAUCUCACAUAACAAACUAACCACCAUCUCUGAUGCUAUUGGUGAGAUGGUGGCACUGGAGGGACUGGAUCUGAGUUACAACCAGUUGACUGUGUUGAGUCCAGCUAUAACACAGCUGAAGAAACUCAAACGGCUGUACAUCUCACAUAACAAACUAACCACCAUCUCUGAUGCUAUUGGUGAGAUGGUGGCACUGGAGGGACUGGAUCUGAGUUACAACCAGUUGACUGUGUUAAAUCCAGCCAUAAAACAGCUGAAGAAACUCAAAUCGUUGUUUGUAAAUGGGAAUCCUUUUACAGUUGAAGGAAUGAGAAGUGUUGUGGAGCUAGAAGAUAGAGGAAUAAUUGACCGAGUAUAUUCAGAUCUCCAAGGCCCAAUGAGAGAGAGACUUAAAGCACAGCUGGCUUAUGAAAGGGCUUUGCAAGAUGGAUAUGUCAUGGUUUACCGUGGCAGAAUAUUACUCAUUGGUCAGGAUCGAGCAGGUAAAACCAGUUUAAAGAAGAGUCUGCUAGGCCUUCCAUUUGACUCUGAAGAACAGAGCACUGAGGGGAUUGAAGUGGAUCCUUCAAAGUGUGAAAUUGAUGUUGACCAAGCUGCAAGGAACUGGCAGUCCAUUGGUGAGAAUAAACCAGGACUAUUGGAAUGUUCUAAAGAUGUGGCAUGGAUUGUUGCAGAGAAACUUUUUUUUACUCAAGAAGAUCAUCAUGCUAGAAAAAUGUCUAUGCAGCAAGAAAAGCUGAGACAAAAAGACUCAGAUAAAAGUUCAAAAGAAGAUUUUGAAAAAGAUUCAGCCCACAUAUCACCUGCAGAUUUUGAAAAGGGAUCUUUAGGUAGUUACAAACAUGGCAAAAAAAAGGUUGAGGAUAAAGGAGAUUACCCAUCAAUAGAUGCUAUGGACAACAUUAGCAUUGAACACUCAAUGGACUGCAUUUUAGAGGAGCCCGAGGUAAUUAUUGAUGUUGCUCAACCCCCUGAUACUGAGAAGCAUGUUCAUCAGUGGUUGGAGUAUCUCAAAGGCAAAGACAUCAAAAGUGGUUUAUUCCAAGAAGAAUCCUAUUACACAAUGGAUUUAUGGGACUUUGCAGGGCAGCACCUGUACUAUGCCAGCCAUCCUAUCUUCUUAUCACAGCGAGCACUGUACAUAUUGGUGCACAAUCUCAGCAAGCCUUUGGAUGCUACAGCUGAGCCCUGCAUGAGACAAGGUAGUAAUGAUGUGAAAUUGGAAAACCCUAACAAUGAAACAAACAUGGAGAAUUUGCUGUCAUGGCUGGCUACAGUACACAGUGUUGCCCUGGCAACUGAUGACCCAGAUGAUGAUGCACAACAUAAGCUGCCCUACCUCCGUCCCCCAGUGUUUAUUGUUGGAACACAUGCUGACAAACCAGUUGAAGACAUAGCAGUAAUAAAGAAACAAAUACAGGAGAGAAUUUCUGGUAUGGAAUAUGAGAAGCAUGUGGUCAAACCCUUAUUCUGCAUUGACAACACUCAGAGACCAAACUUGAUCAAGAAAUUUAUCCAGAAGUUUCAAAAGCUGAGAGGAAAACAUAAAACAGCAGAGGAAGAAGGAAAAGCAGAUGGAAUAAAAGAAUUGCAGAACAAAAUCCUGGAGGUGUUGAGGCAGGAGCCUUAUAUGGGGGAGAAAAUACCUGUCAGAUGGUUUUUGUUUGAAAAGGUGAUUGAAGCUUUGGUGGCUAAACAGAUUUAUCACAGAAAUCUGCAACAACUUGAGCACUAUGCAAAGAAAGAUUGUUUCAUGAAAGAUGCAAAAGAGUUUGAGUCCAUGAUCAGUUUUUACCAUGGCCUGGGGAUGAUAAUCAAGCACCGCAGUACAGUUGUACUGAAGGCUCAGUGGUUGAUUGAUCUGUUCAAACAGCUGAUAACCAUUCCACCUUUCAAUAAACAGAAUGCUCGAUAUGCUAAUCACUGGCGGGAGCUUGAAGGAAGUGGCAUCCUUAGCAUGGAACAUGUUGAUUACGUGUUCUCCAGCUUUAUUGGACCAGGAAUCAUUAGAGAAGACAUUCUGGACAUGAUGGAGCAAUUUGGUUUGAUCGCUAAGUUCUCAGUUUCCCCAAAUGAGGAGAAGUACUUUGUACCAGCUCAGUUGAAGUCAUCACCUGUAGAACUCUGUAAGAUGGAACCAUCACCAACUGAUCCAUGUCCAUUGUAUCUCCUCUUUGUCCAUGGCUUUGUCCCUCAUGGUCUCUUCUUGCAGCUUGUCUCGCGAUCCAUUCGUUGGUGUUCAAAGACAUGGGCCACGCAUCAACCCACCCUGUACCAAAAUGGAGCAUGGUUCAUCAUUGGAAAAGAUAUUCAUGAUUUUGUCCUCAUAUGCAAAACAGGAUUUGUGAAGGUAAUCUUGAGACAAAAAGCACAAAGUCAUCAGGUUGUAGGACAGAACUCUGUCAAACUAGCAACUCUUGUUCGUGAAUUUCUUGAAGACACCCUAAAGAAUUUGUCACAAGAAAUGCCAUACCUGAGGGGACUGCAGUAUAGGCUGUGUGUUGCAUGUCCUAACUGUCAUCAAGGGACAGAAGAAAUGCGUCGUGCAUGCUCAGACCACAUGAAAACCACUUGCACACACAAGGACUGCCUCCACCUCAUUGAUGCAAAUGAAGGUCAACCGGACAUCUGUAAGCGAAAACCUUGGGAUAUGGUAAAACCAGUUUGUGGAUUGAAGAAAUGGUUCUUGAAAAGAAGAAGCCAGAGUUUGUCCUCCUCAAAAGUAGCUGCUAGAUCACAUGAUGAAGCAAGUGAAAUCAAUCCAAUGAAGUCUGCCACAGCAUUGAAGGUGACUCUCCUUGGCAGUGAGUGGAGUUCGUCAAUGGGAGGCUUGUCCACCAUCAACAGACAGCUUGCCAUUCUGUUGGCCAAACACUCUGACGUGGACGUUACUCUCCUUGUCCCACAGUUUGCCUGUUCUGAAGAACCGA